UAAACCCAUCUUCUCUCACCAACUCCUGGUUCUUUUCAAACCAUAAAACCAUAGUUCAUAAACCAGCCCGGCACAAAGUACACAACACCAGACUUCUCUCCCUCUAUCUAUCUCUGAUUUUUUGGUCCACACAAUACCGUAAUCUCUCUCUAUAUAUGACUGUAUCUAAAGGUUACCUCUUUUCUGGACUGUGAAACAUUGGCUUCUGUUUGCUCUUUUUCUUGAUUCCUCUAUCUAAUCCCCUUUUUCACUGUUCAUCAUUCCCUUCUUCCAACAUUUUUCUUGAAUGCUUGGAUUUUUGGCAUCUGAUUCUGCGGGAAAAGGGGACAGACAGAAAAGCAGCACCCUCCAUCCUCAUCGAUAAUAAAUCCAUUGUUUCCGAAUAUUAUGCGCUUGCGCUUGCGAUUUUUCUUGUUUCCCCCUGGAGAUUUCGUGUCCUCGGAAAAUGCUUGAUUACGUUAAUGGUUGUUCCGACGAGGUUAAUGUUUCCGAAGGCGUGAACUCCAGUAAAAGUUCGAUGAGUAGUAGCGAUCACAGUCACUGCACGAGUUUUAGCCGGCUGUCUUUUGAUCUCCCCACGAGCUCGCCGGAGCAGAACGCGACGGCAGCGCUGAAGCCCCACCGCUCCUCGGAUUCUUCGUUUCAGGCGCUUCGCAAGGCGGCGGCGGGCUCCGGCGGGUCGACGCAGCGGGGGCUGAGCUUCCGGGACUUCAGCUUGGUCCGCCAGAUCGGCAGCGGCGACAUUGGGAGAGUCUACCUCUGCCGCCUCCGCGGCGGCGGCGAGGGCCAAGUGUACGCCAUGAAAGUGGUGGACAGCGAGGUUUUGGCGCUCAAGAAGAAAGUUCAGAGGGCGGAGACUGAGAGGAAAAUCAUGAGAAUGUUGGACCACCCGUUCUUGCCUACCCUCUACGCUGAAUUCCAAGCCUCGCAGUUCUCGUGUGUCGUGAUGGAGUUUUGCUCCGGCGGCGACUUGCAUUCUCUCCGACACAAACAGCUCAAUAAACGAUUUUCUCUCUCCUCUGCUAGGUUUUAUGCAGCUGAGGUUUUGGUCGCGUUAGAAUACCUUCACAUGUUGGGGAUAAUAUACAGAGAUUUGAAGCCGGAAAAUGUGUUGGUUAGAUCGGACGGUCACAUUAUGCUGACGGACUUUGAUUUAUCUCUUUGCUCCGAUGCAAUGGCGGCCGUUGAAUCGCCGGACUUCUCUGUUGACCCGCCGGCUUCGCCGUCGUCGGCUCGUGUACCCACUCCGUUUUCUUGCAUUUCCGGCAGGCUGUUCAGGUCGAAGAAGAUUCAGACGCUCUCCAACAGCCGGUUGUUCGUGGCGGAGCCGGUGACGGCCCGGUCGUGUUCUUUCGUCGGGACCCACGAGUACGUGGCGCCGGAGGUGGCGUCCGGGCAGCCCCACGGGAACGCCGUCGACUGGUGGGCGUUCGGGGUGUUCAUCUACGAAAUGAUGUACGGGCGGACUCCAUUUGCGGGUGCAUCGAAUGGGGAUACGCUGCGGUGCAUAGUGAAGGAGCCCUUGGCUUUCCCCAACGAAACGCCGGCGAGCAUGAGUGAAGUCCACGCGCGGGAUCUGAUCUCCGCGUUGCUUAACAAGGACCCGACGAAGCGGCUCGGGUCGAAGCGCGGGGCGGCUGACGUGAAGACCCACCCGUUUUUCAAGGGCUUGAAUUUCGCGCUGAUAAGGUCGGUGGCGCCGCCGCCGCCGGCGUCGUCGGGACCGGGAUUACGGAGACACAAGACAACGCCGUCACUUCGCGGCGACAGGCAACAUGUGCCGCCGUUUGAUUUCUUCUGAAGACGUGGCAGAACCUACUUUCUUAGGAUUAACGGAUUGCUUCACGAUUUGCGCCACGUGGCAUCUCCUCCCUCCAGAUUUUGCUGUGACAUAGGAAAGAUAGCGUAACAGUGUUACUAUGCUUAGUGAAAUUAUUAUUAAAAAAGAAAAAAAAAACAGAGAAUAUAUGUAAAUACAAAUGAAAUGAAUCCGGCAGUAUACUAUACGAGGUUUCAUUUCAACGUUGUUGACUUGUUGGCAAUGCAUGAAUUUGGACAUCCUU